AUGAACCUUACACAGAAUCAAACCGGCCUCGAGUCGCCAGCUAACAAAUCUCAAUGUGUCUACAUCCCACAGGAAGAGUACAGCAACCUCCUCGCAGCUGCUCAUCAGUACUUCUACCUGCGCCAGAAUCUCAACCAUUGCGGCUUCGACGAUGCCACUCUUAACGCACUUUGUCUGCCGACAGCGACUCAGAAUACCCCGUCAUUCGCAGACGAGAGUGUCGGCGAUUCAACUUCAACACCGUUUGCCCCUGACAUCUCAGCCUCUCUCUACCAGAAUCAGCAAGGUGCCCCAUUUGGAGCUUCCAACGAAAAGCGAGCCUUCAAGGGGAACAACAAUCUCGGAGGUGAGGUUAUGCACGCAUCUCCCGCCUAUGCAGGCAACUCGCCGGACCAACAACAUCGUGGUUUACUUCAAAACAAAAAACGAUCCGAGUCCAACCGAUGGGUGGAGAGUGCCGCUCAAAGAUCGGUCCAGCUUCUGAACUUGGCUCCUGGCGUCACUCAUGGCGAAGUUGCUACGAUCGUUCGAGGCGGACCGCUUCUGGAGAUUUUCGUCCGGGCAAAAGACAACUCUGCUACAGUAUCCUUUGUACGGGAAACUGAUGCAGUUGACUUCCUUGAUUACACUCGGACAUGUGGCUUGUAUUUCAAGGACCGUAAAAUACAUGCCAAAUGGUCUGACUAUCAGUACGUCGUGAAAGGCCAAGUCGCCUACCAUGCCGCCAGAGGAGCUUCUCGAAACUUUGUCAUUCGCAAGCGGGAUCCCAACACCACUGCCCAAAGCCUCCGUGAGGAUCUCGACCAUAUCCACAACCUUCAUGUGAUUGACAUCGAGUUCAACAAAGAUAAUUGUUUUGUCAGCACCAGUUCAAUCAAUUCCGCUAUCUUCGCCCGCAAUUGCCUUCUUAGUCGGUCGGAGUACAAGAAUUCUCGUAUCGAAUGGAUCGCUGAUGAGUGUGCUCAACCUCUGGAUACCUUACCUUGUGACGCCAAGGCCCCGGUCCUUUGCGUGAAGGAAGACAGCAGCGCCGCGCCUGCUCACCCAUCGCGCAAGAACCUCAUGGGAAAUCGAUUCCAGCUUCUAGAUCUCAGCGAUACUGACACAAGUAACGGUGACGAUUCUUCGGACGAGUCUCUCUGA